GGAAGAGGCGUCCAGUAUUAACUGAACUGACUCGAGGGCGUACUUCCGUUUCUUCAAGCCGCACACCCUGCUUCUCUCCCUCGUGACCACGUGACACAGCAAGAUGAAGGGGCUCGAACUCGUGGCUGCGGCAAUCGGUGUCGCCGUGUUGAACUACGUGCACGGCGCAAGCAUCACGUCCACGACAGAGUUCGCCAGAGUGGAGCGAGGGGACAAUCUGGGGCCGCGGAUUUCCGCUUCCAACAGUGGGCUGAAGAUUUCGGGCCGGAACUUAGUUCCUCCUGGACAGGGUGGUCUCUGGGUGGGCCAGUAUGACUGGGAGAGGAGGACGAAGUAUGAAUAUAACCACACUAAGGAGAUCAGCACCUACUCGUACCAGGAAGGCACCUUGCUGACCGGCUGGGUGAUCGCCGUCAUCGUCAUCGUUCCCUUGAUUGUGCUGAUCACAAUCAUCGUGGCAGGCGUGUGCGUCUACAGGGCCUGCACGAGACGAAAGGUUUACCCGUCGUACGCUUAUCAGGCAGGACCGCCACCUUACCCACUUAACCACUGAUUGUACGCGGGGACCCAAAAUGAGCCCUUGCGACGACCUUCACCCAGGGAACGGGCACUCAACCACUUGGCGCAAUAUCUGUGAUAUCUUAGAGCACCGAUAAC